AAUCGGUGUGGCCUAUUUCCCCAAUGUAGGUAUCAUUCCUCGAGGAGGUCAGUGUGAAGGCAGUAGUGGUGCAGGGAAGUUUUGAUGCCCAGGAAUGGGUGGAGACAUACAGUGUCCUCCACAGUGACGACGGUGUCAAUUGGAAAGCCUACGAAGAAAAUGGAACCGUAAAGAUUUUCAAUGGAAGUCGCAACGCAACUACACCACACCAAGCAGUCCUACUCGAUCCAAUCACCACAUCUAAUAUCCGUAUCAAUCCGCGGUCGUGGCGGAAUCGCAUCAGCAUGAGAAUCGAACUCAUCGGAUGUACAGUGAGAAUGCAGCACAUUCGUGAAACAACCUGUGCGCGUUGUCCAACAACAUACUAUUGUACUGGGGACGGCGAGGCCAGGCCUUGCGGGAGGUGCGACCCUCCGUCGGCGGCCUGUGAGCGCUCACCCACCGAGCAUUCGUUUGGCGGAGCGUCGGAGUGCAGCCCAUGCCCAACUGGUCGGAUCUGUAAAGAUGGCUACGGUCACUCUUGCUCCAGGCACCAUUACGCCGACCCUUGUAACGAAACGUAUUGUGCAGACAGUUGUAUACCUUGUGAACCUGGUUAUGCCUGCUUUUUUGGUCGGAGGUACCGAUGUAGACCAGGCUUCUAUGGUACCGGCCAUACGGACUACUGCAUCCCUUGUCCGGCGGGCUCCUACAACAACCAGAGCGGGGCGACAGGCUGUAUGUGCUGCCCGGCAGGGUCCUACAGCACGGUAGGGAAGACUGAAUGUGAGCCGUGUCAUCCCAGGACGUGGUCGCGUGGAGACUGCACCAUAUGCCGUGACUGUAGGGAUGUAAGCGAGUGUCCCUGUUUGUCUAAUCCGUGUUUUGGUGACGUCAUCUGUCAGAACAUCAACUCCUCCUACUAUGUGUGCGGCGCAUGCCCAGCAGGGUACAGCGGGGAUGGAGUUACCUGUGUGGACAUUGACGAGUGUAACGUUACUGCCGCUUGCCAUGACUACUGCGAAAACACUAACCCGGGUUACGUGUGCGGCGCAUGCCCACAAGGUUAUAGCGGAAGCACAGCUAUUGGAUACGGACUGGACUACGCACUUCAACAUCCACAGGUUUGUGAAGACAUGGACGAGUGUGCUGUGGACAACGGGGGAUGUCAUCAGCAUGCGGAGUGUGUCAACACUCUGGGAAGCUACAGAUGCGGAGACUGUGUCAAAGGUUACAUCAGUGACAUCUAUCUGGGCUGCAUCCCGGAAGACUUGUGUCAGCUCGGCAGGCACAACUGUAGCAGCAACGCCACCUGUCUGUCUCUAGGGAACGGCAAGUUCAGAUGCAAAUGUAAGCCGGGGUACGGUGGAGACGGUUACCGGUGCGGACCUGACACGGACCAGGACGGCUGGCCUGACGAACCCGUGUCCUGCCUGACCCGAUGGUGCAAGCAGGAUAACUGUCCACUACAGCCUAACAGUGGACAGGAAGACAAUGAUGGUGAUACUAUGGGAGACGUGUGCGAUCUAGAUGAUGACAAUGAUGGGCGACUAAACUCUGUUGACAAUUGCAUAUUUGUUCCAAACUGGGACCAAGAGGACACCGAUGGUGACGGUUAUGGUGACGUAUGUGACACGUGCCCACUCGUGACCAAUGAGGACCAGACUGACACGGACGGUGAUGGCUCUGGGGACGAGUGUGACGACGAUGACGAUGGUGAUGGUGUGCUGGAUACGUCAGACCCAUGCCCACUUCUGAACGACACACAGUCUGACACAGACGGUGACUGUGUUGGAGACGCAUUUGACAACUGUCCAAACAUCAGUAAUGCUAACCAACAGGACUCCGACAUGGACGGGUAUGGGGACGCCUGCGACGGAAGCGACAAGGAUGGCGACAGUGUUAUCGACACAGUAGACAACUGUUUAGACAUUCCAAAUGCGGAGCAGACAGAAACUGACAGCGACGGCAUCGGUGACGCAUGUGAUGACGACAUUGAUAAUGACGCUAUGCCGAACGACCGAGACAACUGUCCCUACAUCCCAAAUCCUGGGUGGGAAGAUACAAACGGCAACCAUGUAGGGGAUGCGUGUGAGUACGAUUACGAUGGCGACGGUGUCCCGGAUGUUGAUGACGUUUGCCCCAAGCACUCCAACUAUCACGAGACGAGCUUCACACGUCACGUGUCAGUAAACCUUGCCGGAGGAGCUGCACCAACCUGGGCUGUCGUUGAUGACGGGCGGGAAAUAAGACUCAUAACCCAAACCCACACAGAGGACCCGGUUGUACUGAUAGGGCAUGACCGUUUUGGACCGGUGAACCUAACGGGUACAAUGUUCGUCAAUGAGGACUCGGGGAACGACUACAUCGGCUUCGUGUUCGGUUAUCAGAGUAACAGGAAGUUUUAUGUCGUCAUCUGGAAACACGAGAACGAAAAUGCAGAAAGCAGCGCCACCUAUGGUGGCAUUAAAGGACUACAGAUUAAGGUAGUAGACUCCAGCACUGGUCCCAGUCCCACACUUGCUGACGCUUUGUGGCACACACACGACACGACAGACCACGUGACAAUGCUGUGGCACGACCCAGACAUGCGCGGAUGGAUACAUCGCACUCCAUACACCUUCCAACUGAUGCACAGACCAUCUGUUGGUUUGAUACGGGUUACGGUAUCGAGUAAUCGGUGCCUUCUGACGGAUUCUGGGGACGUGUACGACACUACCAUCCUGGGGGGUCGACUGGGGGUGUUCCAGUACAACCAGACGGGGGUUGUCUGGUCCAACCUGCAAAUUGCUUGCGGAGAGAAAGUAAACCAGGCUAUUCAUUUCGAUGGGAAAGAUGACUAUGUCGAGCUCACAUCCGUCAUCGCAUUAGAGUUAGAUGACAGCUUCACGAUAGAGUCGUGGAUUCGUCUGACCGGUGAGGAUGCCGACGUCAGGAUGCCGGUGAUCUGUACUCUUGAUAACAGGCUCUGCUUGUUCUUAGAGAACGGUUUUCUACACGGAAAACUUGGGACCGGCGUUGUUCAAUCGAACACGGAUAUCCCCACAGAAUAUUGGUGUCACGUCACGCUUUUGUACGACGCACAAGGUUGCCAGCUGUCUCUCUACAUAAAUGGCUCUUUGGAGACAAGUGCGUCGGGAGUCAUGCCCUUAGAAUGGAACGGAAAUGACACAAAUGUGUACAUCGGAAGGAAUGAGGACAACUUCUUCAACGGAACGAUGGAUGACAUCCGGCUGUACGGCAUUAAACUUCUGGAGGCAGAGAUUUCAGAAGACGUCCGAACGUCUAACCGCCUGCGACAGUUUCACAGAGGCUUCCUGAACGCACAGUUUACAGUGGACAAUGAGAAGAUGGAUGCAACUAAGCUGCUUGAUGUCGGUAUCCACGGUCACCAUGGAAAGAUCUUUGGUAGUCCCCUUCUCGUUCCCAGUGCUGUAGACCAGGCGAGGCACCAACUCCCAAGUGCCAAGAAAAAAAGACGAAGAUCAGUGGCACCUGAUAUUCCAACACAUGACAGGCAUACAGAAUUGUGAAAUAAUCUGUAUGUAAUUGAUAUAUUUAUACGUAAAAUCAAAGAUGUAAAUGUUGUAUAUUUUCAUUGUUUCUCUUCUUGGUUGAUACACAAAGUAAUGGUUUUCGAACCUUUUUUAAGCCUUUUCUGUCAAACCUUUCGAUAUAUGUUUCGAGGUUACGUUGAUCUUCAGUUAAGAAACGCUUAAAAUAGCAUGAUGGUAAGUAGUAGAGCACGUUUAACCUAGGGUUCCUUAUGAUUAAGCUUGCUGUUUGAGAAUUUACAAAGAUUUAAUAUCAUCUACUGCGACAUGGUGUUAAUGUAAUAAUUUUGGUUCACAAAUUUUGAAUAAGCGCUAUCCAGCUUUGGAGCUUUUACUAGAUGAAGCAGAGAUUGAUCGAAACAAGAAUUUAAGUAACGGUUAUCUAAGUACCAACAUGACUACCUAUUCUUGAAAAAUACUGCUUUAUGCUUACUAAUAUGUAAAAAUUUGCAAUUGUACAGGUAUAUGUGUGGUGAUGUAAGUCUGUAAAGCGUGGGGAAACUAACGUGAAAGUAAUCGAGAUGUACACAUAUGACGAAAAUAGAUAAUCUCCAAGCAGAGGUUUAGGGGUUAUUUUUUGCGUGGUUUAAGCGUUUUCAUUGGACUCUUUGUACUGGUAUCUUUUCUACGCCAGCCUGGGUGGCAAACGGUAACUGUUUUUUUUU